CGCGGACUCCGUCCCAGAUGAGCGUCGGUCAGUCAGUCAGUGAGUGACGGACUUCAGAACCGGAGCAGCUCUGGAUCAUGCGCGAGCUCACCGCGUCCUGACAGCUGCACGCAGCUCGGUUCCGGUGUCGGCGAGAGAGAUGGACGGAGGCGAGAGGAAGGAUAUAAAGCUCUCUGCUGAAGUAGAACCGUUUAUCCCUCAGAAGAAAGGUGUUGAAGCGUCAUUAUUACCCAUGAGUCUGUGCGGUGAGGGUGGAGCUGAGCCCACACAAAUCCCCUCCUACCUGAUCACCUGCUACCCCUUCGUUCAGGAGAAUCAGAACAACAGUCGGCAGAUGGCGGUGUAUAACGGAGAUCAGCGCUGGCAGCAGCUGAACCCGGGCCCUGGGGGGCCUUACCUGGCGUACCCCAUCCUGUCGUCCCCACAGCCCCCCGUCUCCAGCGAUUACCCCACAUACUACCACGCCAUCAUGCCCUCGCCCUGCCCUCCCGUCAUGGGCUUCUACCAGCCCUUCCCUGGGCCCUACACGGGACCCCUGCCACCCGGUGUCCUCAACCCCGUCUCCGACUGCAGCCUGACGCCGAGAGGAAGAGGAGUCUCACGAAACCCCGUCCUGAACAAGCAGCCAGUGGCUCAGCCAAUCAGAGCCAAGCGUCCCGUGAUGCGGAGCGUGGCGGUUCAGAAGGAGGUGUGUGCCGCCGGGCCUGAUGGGAGAUCCAAGACCGUGCUGCUAGUGGAUGCAGCGCAGCAGACAGACUUCCCCGGCGAGGCGUCUGGCGGCGCCAGGUGUGUGUCGGAUCAGGCCGGUCCUCAGUGGAAGAACAGAGCUCGGUGCAGACGCACGUCCCAGCAGGAGUCGUCCGGAGAGCAAGGGGUCAGCGAGGCAGACAUCGACAGCGACAGCGGCUACUGCAGCCCCAAACACAACCAGGGAGCCGCCAGCUCCUCCACCAAUCAGCACACGGACGCCGCGGCUGUGGACGCUGGGGUCAUGACAGCUGGUAGCUGGGGGCAUGUAGCCUCACAGACCGUCCAGAAGCCGUGGACAGACAGGAACACAGUGUAUCUCAGAGGCAGAACACCUGAGCAGAGGAACUACACACAGGACGUCCAGAUGAGCUUUAGAGGUCACGCAGGAGGACAGAGAUCCACUCCUUCAGAGACGCCCAACACACACCUCACACCUGAGCCACUCUACUUUCAGGAUGAGGAUGAGUUUCCUGAUCUGGCCACCGGUGGAGCUGCUCAGCGCAAUAAACCAGAACCAGUUCAGCCCAAACUGCCCAAGAGCCUGCUGGAUAACCUUCCAGAGAACUCCCCCAUAAGCAUCGUGCAGACGCCGAUCCCCAUCACCAGCUCCGUGCCCAAGAGAGCCAAGAGUCAGAGGAAGAAGGCCCUCGCCGCCGCUCUCGCCACAGCACAGGAGUACAGCGAGAUCAGCAUGGAGCAGAAGAAGCUACAGGAGGCUCUGUCUAAAGCAGCAGGUAAGAAGAGCAGGACGCCGGUGCAGUUGGAUCUGGGAGACAUGCUAGCAGCGCUCGAGAAACAACAACAGGCCAUGAGAGCACGACAACUCAACAACACCAAACCAUUGUCAUACGCAGUGGGGACAGUGGGCGCUCUGAACAGUAAAGAUGGCAGCAGUCGAGUGACGGGACUCAAAAACACAUACACCCCCCCUCACAACACCCUGGACUCCAGCGCGCCCCGCGUCAAGAGAGGGAAAGAGAGAGAGAUUCCCAAAGUCAAGAAGACCACCACCAUGAAGAAGAUCAUUCUGCAGGAGCGUGAGGUGAAGAAGGGCAAGAGUCCUGCAGAGCACAGCGCAUCUGGAGCAGACGAGCAGAGAGAUGCUCUGAGCUUCACAGACACACUCACACAGGAGCAGGAUGAGAACGGUCUGAGCGUGCCCAGUGAUGCGUCUCUGUCUCCAGCCAGUCAGAACUCUCCCUACAGCAUCACACCCGUGUCUCAGGGCUCGCCCGGCAGCUCCGGCAUCGGGAGCCCCAUGGCUGCGUCCGCCAUCACCAAGAUCCACAGCCGCCGCUUCAGAGAGUACUGUAAUCAGGUGUUGAGUAAGGAGAUCGAUGAGAGCGUGACGCUGCUUCUGCAGGAGCUGGUUCGAUUUCAGGAGCGGGUUUAUCAGAAGGAGCCCAGUAAAGCCAAAUCCAAGCGUCGUCUGGUCAUGGGUCUGCGAGAGGUCACCAAACACAUGAAACUGCAAAAGAUCAAGUGUGUCAUCAUCUCGCCCAACUGUGAGAAGAUCCAGGCCAAAGGCGGCCUGGAUGAGGCCCUCUAUAACGUCAUUGCCAUGGCAAGGGAGCAGGAGAUCCCGUUUGUGUUCGCUCUGGGUCGAAAGGCUUUGGGCCGCUGCGUGAAUAAAUUGGUGCCCGUGAGCGUCGUGGGAAUAUUCAACUUCUCUGGAGCAGAGGGUCUGUUCAAUCAGCUGGUGUCUCUGACGGAGGAGGCGCGGAGGGCGUAUAAGGAGAUGGUGAGCGCUCUGGAGCAGGAGCAGGCCGAGGAGGCGCUGAAGAACGUCAAGAAGGUCCCGCACCACAUGGGUCACUCCAGAAACCCGUCCGCCGCCAGCGCCAUCUCCUUCUGCAGCGUCAUCUCCGAGCCCAUCUCAGAGGUCAACGAGAAGGAGUACGAGACAAACUGGAGGACGAUGGUGGAGAGCGCAGACGCUCCAGAGCCGCUGGACACUGAACCGGUCAGCAGAUCGACCAGCAGAGAGCAGCGUGAGGUCAGCUCUCCGCCUCCGCAGCCGACGGAGAAGAGAGAGGAGUCCCGCUCGGACGACCGGCUGGAAUGGGCCUCGCAGCGGAGCACAGACACCGGCUCGCUGGACGGCAGCUGCAGAGACCGCCUCAACUCCUCCAUCACCUCCACCACCUCCACACUGGUGCCCGGCAUGCUGGAGGAGGAGGACGAGGAGGACGAAGAGGAGGAGGACUACACGCCCGAGCCCAUCUCUGUACAGGUGCCGCCGCUCAGCUCCAGGAUCGAGUCCUGGGUCAACAAAACCCUGGAGAACAUGCAGCUGCGCCGACAGAGCAGCGACGAGGACGAGGAGGAAGAGCGGCUGAGCGACGAGGAGGAGAUCGACUCCUCUGAUCUCACCGAACCGGCGGCGGAUCCGCACACGGGAUGAGCUCACACACACACACACACACACACCGACUCAGGAAUCGAGAACGGACAGACCAACCGCUCACACACUCUCUGUGAAUAUCUCACACACACACACAGUCCUGUCUUCUUAAAAUAUCUUCUUUUGUGCUCCACUCCAAGUCAGAAAGUCUAAAUGAUGGCGUUUUUGGGUGAACUGUUCCUCUAAAGUAGCCGUACUGAAUCACUGAGUCGAAUGAAUCACUAUCAUGAUGCUUCACAGUGCUUUUACUGUAAAAACGAGCAGCUGAACAUCCUUCUGAACAUCUCGUGACAUGAACACGUGUGAAGGAAACAGGCGUGCGUUCGUUCGCUCGUCCACACUGGCGUUUCGUUUAACCAGGAACACGAAGCUUUAACCAAGAAGCAGCAGACGUGUUGAUGUGUGUGUAACGGUCCUGUAAAUAAGGUGUUUAAAUGUUUCUAAUCCUCCGGUUGAACUGAUUCGGAGAGUGUUUUACUCCUCUGUGGUUUCCUGCCGGUCUAUAUUACUCUGUGUGUUAGUCUCUUACCAUGUUUACUCUGAUUUACUCUGCUCUUUCUCCUCCGUCUGUGCUUGAGAGGUGAAGCCGUGUGCGUUCAUCUCCACAUGAAGGAUUUGUGAUAUGUGUUAUAACGAUGAUGUUCCCUAACUGUCUGUGUUGAUGGCUAACGGAUCCAGCUUCUGUAGCAGUGCUAGCGGAUCCAUCUCUGUGUUUGGAGUGAUCUUCAUCUGCGUGUCUUUUGCACUAUGUAUAUAAACGUGAACAUGCUUUGGUAACUAAUGUGAAACUAGCACAUGUGUUUUCCAGCAGUUCUGAUGGUGAAGUCUGUAUCUCUGGCUGAUCGUUAAUACAAUUAAACAGUUUUCAGUAAACCAUC